AGAAAACAAAACAAAAAUUCCUUGUCUUUAUAACUGCUCAUUAUAUUGAGCACUAUACAGGGUAACCAUGGUCGAUGGUGCAAGGACUUUUAGGGAAAACGAACAUAUGAUUUCAUUGAAAACUUGGUUUUUUGGUUCAAUCAAACUAAAAUAUUUUCAGCGCAUCGCUUUUAUUGGAGACUACUAACAACUUCAAAAGUUUAAAUAGAACAGCCAGUAUAUUAUUACUUUUAUUGGUUUGCCGCAGCAUCUUGAUUAUUUAUGUAUUAACUUUCUUGUACCUAUCUAUAGCGGUUUUCGAGCAAUUGAUUGAUUAACUUUUUUUUGUGCGAAAUAUAACUUUACUGCUUCAGUAUAUGGAGUCCUAGAAAGCUGAAAUUUCGGGUAUGGUUUACCAAUAUCCCGUGUAUCCGUUACGUGUAAUAAAAUACGUCCCUAUACUCAGACAGGGUUGUUCAAAAUCACAGGCUCCAACAAGACAUACUAUAAUUAUUAAAAAGUGCGUUUUUUCAAAUGGAAUAAUCUUCAUAUCAUGAGAUGUAUUGAAAGAAAAUUAAAUUUCCUUUCAGACGACGUAACAUGUUCUUAUACCUAAAUUGUAAGAUUUUCUAAUUGAAAGCAAGUUUUCAUCUCAAUAGCAAUAUUAGGAUACAUUUGUAUUUGAUAUCCACAAAAUAUCAUGGAACAUGUAAAUUAUAAUAUUUUGACUAUUGGCAUAAAAUAGUGUUGAAUUCUAUAACGAAUAAUGGAAGAACAAUUAAAAAAAAAUAAAAAAAAAAAUUAAAGGCAAUAAACGAUAUGCACAAGUUUUGACGAAAUUGUUCAUUCUUCACGGCCAAUAUGGUAAAAUUGUACAGAAUGUUCAUUGAGAUGUUCCUUCUUGAACCAAUGAACUAGAGCGACUUAAUUUCGUCCUGAAAGUUAUGCCCUUUGAAGUCACAUUGUGACGAAUUACUUGUUUUUUUGUUUCAUUAAUAAUAAAAAAUCAUUAAAUAUUUUAUGGUUUGCUCAAUCAUAUAAUAGUUCACGCUUCUUCCGCCAAUGGCAUUGAUAUUCCAUAGCAUAGAAAUAUCUAUCAUUAAAAUAUCAAUUACUCAGUAGUUUGUCUAUGAUAAGCAGAACUUCUUCUCUGUCAAAAGUACCUCAUAUUUCUUGAAAAAUUUGCAAGCAAUUUUCAAAAAUAUUUAAAUGGAGAUCGAAAUGUUAAAAGUAGAAGUUGAUCAAGAUGAGAUCAAAGAAUCAUUAUUCAGCUACAAUGCUCAGUACGUAGAUGAUGAAGUGUUAACUUAUAAACUAAAUAUUGAAGCUGUUGAACAAUUUGUAGAAGGAAAUGAGGAAUCUGCUGAGACAAUAGAAACUCCAAAAAAAUAUGAAAUUGAGAUAUUAUCCGAUUUUAAUUUAAUUGAGUCUCCCAAGGAGAUCAAUCCAAAAAAAUAUAACUUCAACUUUUGUGAUUUUGCUUCAGUUCGAAAUGUAAAUCUUAAAGAGCAUAUAAAUUCAAUUCAUUUGAAUAUUAAGCAAUACGAGUGUCAACUAUGUGAUUACGCCGCAGCUCAAAAGGGCAAUCUAAAAACUCAUAUAGAAUCAGUUCAUUUAAAUUUGAAGAAACAUAAGUGUCACUUAUGCUAUUUUGCUUCUGCUCGAAAUGUGAACCUUAAAAAGCAUAUAGAAGCGGUCCAUUUAAAUUUGAGGAAGUAUAAAUGUGAAAAAUGUGAUUAUGCCACAGCAUAUAAAAGUAACUUAACUCAACAUAUGAAUUCAGUUCAUUUAAACUUGAAAAAACAUGAAUGUCACCUAUGUGAUUAUAGAUCAGUUCAAAAGAGACGUCUCCAAGAGCAUAUAGAAUCGAUGCAUUUAAAUAUAAAGAAAAAUAAGUGCCCCUUAUGUGACCAUGCAUAUGUUCAAAAAACAAACCUUAAAAAUCAUAUAGACUCAUUCCAUUUAAACAAAAAAACACAAAUGCCACUUGUGUGACUAUGCAGCAGUUCGAAAACAACAACUCAAAAAUCAUAUAGAAUCAGUUCAUUUAAAUUUGAAGAAACAUAAGUGCCACUUAUGCAAGUAUAAUUGUAGUCAGAAGAUUGAUUUCAAAUCUCAUUUGGAAUCUGUUCAUUCAGAAGUUAAAUAACAUUGAAUUGGAAUUUUAAAAUUCUAAUAAAUCCACAAUGUAACUA